AUGUGUUUCUGUUGCUUUGACAUAUGCUUGUUUAUUGCUGAUCUCUUUCUUCAGUCUGUAAUUAAGAAGAAGUAUGGCCAAGAUGCAACAAAUGUUGGUGAUGAGGGUGACAUUGCUCUAAUAUCCAGGAGAACAAGGAAGGUCUUGAAUUGCUUAAAACAGCUAUUGCUAAAGCUGGUUACACUGGUAAAAUGUCAAAGGCGGAUGUUUGUAUGGAAGCAGGCUGCAUCCAAGCUUAGGGGUGUACAAGUUUUUACUUACACAGAGCUUGAGAUUGCAACAAACAAAUUUAGUGCAGCAAAUGUGAUAGGAAAUGGAGGGUAUGGGGUAGUGUAUAGAGGGAUUUUGAGUGAUGGCACUGUGGCUGCAAUUAAGAUGUUGCACAGAGAAGGGAAACAAUGA